AUGGAACCACACAGUAAAAUGAACAGUUUUCUAAAUUGGAUUUCUGUCUACACUCUCUUUAUAUUCCUUGUUCACACAAUUACUACCACUGUGGUUUUUCAACACGGAAGCGGAAGAAAACGGAAAAUGAAAACACCGGCGAACAAGCGGCCUUGGGUGGUAUUGUGUCUCGAUGAUCGCAUUACAGUGAAUACGCUGAAUUAUCCAAAAGGAAAACUAAAUGUUCUUUGUGCAUUUUCUGUUCAUUUAAAAUUUCAAGAAAAUUCCAAGAAAUUCUAUGUCUUGGAAGGAACACGUGUGUCAGAAAAUGUCGGAAAGUCUAGUGCCAAUUGA